AUGGAAAGUAACACGGUCCUAUAUGAGCCGACUGACGAGGGCAUCACAACAAUCACCAUUAACCGCCCUUCCGUCCGAAACGCCGUCAACCACGCCACAUCCCUCCAGCUCGCGGCGGCCUUUGAACGGUUUGAAAGCGACAGCACCCAAAAGGUAUGCAUCCUGACCGGCGCCGGCACCGACUUCUGCGCCGGCUAUGACCUGCACGAGGUCGCGCGCAGCAGCACCGACGGGCCCCUCGCCGCCCGCCCCGUCGACGCGCUCAACGGCGGCGCGCCGGGCCCCAUGGGCCCCUCGCGGAUGCAGCUCAGCAAGCCCGUCAUCGCGGCGGUCAGCGGGCACGCCGUGGCCGGGGGUCUGGAGCUGGCGCUGCUGGCGGACCUGCGCGUGGCCGACGCCACGGCCGUGUUUGGCGUCUUUUGCCGGCGCUUUGGCGUGCCGCUCAUUGACGGGGGCACGGUGCGCCUCGCGCGCGUCGUCGGCCACGGCCGCGCCCUCGACAUGAUCCUCACCGGCCGCGCCGUGGCCGCGCCCGAGGCGCUCGCGUGGGGGCUGGCGAACCGCGUCGUCGACGAGGGCGCGCUCGAGGCCGCGCGCGCGCUCGCCCGCGAACUGCUCGGAUUUCCCCAGCUGUGCAUGCGCGCGGACCUGGCGUCGGCGCGGUACGCCGCGUACGAGGCCCGCGGGAUCCAGGAUGCGCUGCGUUUUGAAUUUGAGAAUGGUGCGCGCGUCGUGGCGCUGGAAAGUGUGCAGGGCGCGCAGAGAUUUGACAAGGGCGUCGGCCGGGGAGGCAAGUUUGACAAGGCAAAGUUAUGA